GAAUCUAAGCAAGGCACUUAAUUGGCAUGGUUUCAUGUUAGGCUGCGGUGUGGACAGGACUAGAGCCACUGCCUGCUGGAGAGGACACCGGGGAGCCGUGUCGUCUACAGAAAGCCUCCUUUAUUGCCCCAUCGCUGUGAGAGUGUGUGCGGGUCUGACAGGCUGCCUCUCCUCAACUACACCACGAUCUGACUUACAGAAGAGGCUUUCGACUCAAGCCUCCAUCCGCCAUUUUCAGCAGAUUGAAAGCAGGUAGAGCACAAAAAUCACAAGUCCCCGGUCACGUAAAGCAGUCCAUGUGAUAACACUCCAUUAAGACUUGGUGCCAACUGUCUUGUGGAAAACCCCACCUAAACAGAUAAUGGCUAUUAUUGGAGAGACAGUGGAAAUUCUAGAUGAAAUUCCAGCUCAUGUGUGGAAGGGUUUGCCUGACUGUUUGAGUCUCAGACCUUCUGCUAUAAAUCAAAGCCGCGUCGGUGUCUGGGCCACUCAGGUCAUCCCUAAAGGCAAGAGGUUUGGCCCAUUUGUUGGAGAGAAGAAAAAAAGGUCCCAGGUGACCAGUAAUAUGUACAUGUGGGAGGUUUAUUUCCCAGCACGGGGGUGGAUGUGUGUUGACGCCACAGACCCCAUGAAGGGGAACUGGCUGCGAUACGUGAACUGGGCACGCUCCAGUGAAGAGCAAAAUCUUUUCCCCCUGGAGAUCAACAGAGCCAUUUACUACAAGGUUCUAAGGCCUAUCGGGCCAGGAGAGGAGUUGCUGGUGUGGUACACUGUGGAAGACAACCCUGAGAUAACAGCUGCACUGGAGGAAGAAAGAGCCAGCAGUCUGAACAGGAAAAAUUCACCCAGGGCGAAGCGAGCCAGAAGAAAGCUGCUGGAGAGAGCCAGACAAGUUGGUUUGGGUGGUCUUAAGAAAACAAGCGUAACCAAACCUACUGUCAAGGAGAUGUGGGAUGGUAAACAAGGUCUGAAGGAGGAGGAUGAGAGACCGUCAAGGCCAUCAACCUUAGGGCCCUCACAGGAACUCCAGGAAACCCAUCCCAUGGGAAGCGCUGACCAUAGAGAUGUGGAGGACAUGUCAGCAGUGAUGACGGCCAGGGGAAAUGAGGAACAAGAGGAGGAGGAGGAGGAAGAAGAAGAAGAAGAAGAGGAGGAGGAUGUCGAUGAUGAUUUAGAUGAACCGAGUGAAGCACAGCAGCAAACUGCUCAGCAUUCACCUCCGGCUCAUUCCUUGCAAAAUAAGCAGCCUGGCUCAUCACUGACCUGUGUUGAAGAAAGCCAUAAGGAUUUGCAGGGGAAGUUGGCGUGUUCUUCGCAUGCAGGACAAGAACCAGAGGUUGAUCCUGAUCCCGACCCUGAUGGUGAUCUUGAAGGUGAUCCCCACGGAGAGUCAUAUCCCUGUCAGCACUGUGAACGCCACUUCUCCACCAGACAGGGUCUGGAACGUCACAUACACAUUCAUGCCAUCACUAACCAGCAAACACAACUGUUCAAGUGCCGGUACUGCAGUAAAUCCUUUGGCUCACAAGUGGGGCGGCGGCGGCAUGAGAGAAGGCAUGAGAGCGGGCUUAAGAAAAGGCCUGGCUCUCUGGCAGGGACUGCCAGUCUACUCAGUCCCGUAAUGCAGACUGAUGGUUCAAGUCCGGACUGCACCAGCCCAACAAGUCAAUAUAUAGCCAUAGGGUCCCAGUUUACUGGAGGACCACUGCACAACUCUGAAAUGCAGAGAAAAGAGUUGGGGCCUUAUGCUGACCGUCCCUUUAUAUUGGAUGAAAAUGGAGAGUCAAAGGAACUCCAUCCCUGUAAGUACUGUAAUAAAGCAUUUGGCACACACACCAACAUGCGCAGACACCAACGCAGAAUACAUGAACGGCACUUGUUACCAAAGGGAGUUCGCAGGAAAGGCAUGCUGCUGCAAGAGGCAUCAGUGCAGCAGCAACAGCAGCAGCCUGAUGAGUCCCCCAGCACCAGCCCUCCGCCCGUCUACGUGCCCAGUGCAGACACAGAAGAUGAGGUAGACAGGGAUGAUUACACAAUUGACAUAUCCAAAAACAUCUCUGAGAAUUUAAGCUUCUACAUUGACGGCAAGAUUGUGUCCACCAGUUCAGUGAGCACCUGUGAGGUGAUAGAGGUAGAUUCCAGAUCUGCAGCUCUGUUUGGUCUGGACACAGUCAUCAUCAGCCCAAAUCAGAUCAGUCAGGCGCUAAAGAUGGAGGGUAGAACGAGUGCUGCAAAGCAAGUUUCCAACAUUGGCCAGCCAGCCGCAAAAAGAAGAACAUCUACACCACCAUUUGUUCCCAGCCUUAAAGUGGAGACAGAAUCAGCAUCUUUCACAGCCUCUUCAUCAUCUUCAUCAUCCUCUACUUCUUCCUCAUCUAACUUGUUAGUGGGUGGACUGUUUCAACAAGCUGCCGAUUCAUCAGCAUUUCAACGAGAGAAAACGGUUUAUCUCUCACCUAAGCUCAAACAGCUCCUUCAGACACAAGACAUUCAGAAAUCAACCAUUACCCUGAUAACAGAAAGCCAUAGACUGACCUCCCCGCUGUCAGUCACACCCCUGCCAGGGGCUUCAGGCAGGUUUAAAAGAAGAACAUCCUCUCCCCCUUCAUCUCCACAACUCAGUCCUGCGUGUAAAACAGAGAGCUGCAAAGCCGAGGGGGUGAGCUCAUUUGCCCUUAAGGUGCCAAAGCUGGAAAACCACAGUGCGUCACCUGCUGGGAGCCUAUUGGACAAGGAAGAUGUGGACAGCCAGAGCCUUUCUGAAAAUGAUGUGCACGGCCAAACCUCUUCUAAUAGCGGUGGAAAUUCCUGUAAUCAGCAGCCGUUGGAUUUGUCAAACUCUGUCAGUAGGAGGAGUGACAGUUUGAACAAGGUGCUUGGGGAUUCAGCUCUUGAUUUAAGCUUCCAUCGGAAGAGCAACGUUGAGCCUGAAUUAAAGGGAAGUCCAGCACCACAGCCACUAAUAAAAAAGAGAAAGCCUAACACCAGCAUGCUUGAAAAGGUGCUGAUGAAUGAGUAUUUAGGUCUACCUUUGCCAGGAGAGGAGGGCCCCUCGACCUUAGCAAACCUAAGUUGUUUCCAGUCUCACUCUCCAAACGUUGCAUCAGAGUCUGCCCACCCCUCUCCACCGUCUUUGACCCCUGUCACCAUGAACCCAUCUUCCCCCGGCAACUCCAGUGCGACAUCCCCAACGCCGCCACCUCCUCUACUACCUACGAUACCUUCUCUGCCAGCUAUGCCUAGCUCUCCUCUUUCUCAGCCUUCAGACUCCUCUGCACUGAGACCUCUUCCUGUCCUCUCGCCAAAAAUGUCUCCAAGAUCAGUUGAUCACAAGCCCAUGUCGGACUCGGAGGAGAAUUUGUGUGCUGAAGAAAGCGAAGAUGAGGAAGAGGACCAAAUCUCUGAGCCACUGGACUCCUCAAACACUCCACUUAAAGAUCCCCUUAAUUGUUUUGCGACGUCAAGCCCUCCUGAGCUGGCAUCAGUAGAUCCGCCCACUACAGAAGAUGUUUCUCUGACUGCAACGUUCAACAGUCUGCUAAAUGGCAAAAUGAACCAAAACCUUGACUCGGUAACGGAGAAAUCUCUUGCUGCUCUCUCACCACAGCCAGAAUCCUCAUCUGCCUCAUCAUCUCCUCCUCCUGCACCACACAAUCCAUCCCCAUCACUGGUUUCACAAUCCUUUCCUGAGAUCAAGGUAAAAGAAGAACCUCAGCACUGUGUAGAUGAGCUGUCAGUUAUGAAUCAUGCACCUCAGGAAGGUUUUGACUCUUCACCUCAGCCUGCUGCUCCUGAUAAACCGUCUGAUAAAACCUCUGAGUCAGAGGAAGUUGACUUGACAUACUGCAAGACGUUUGUGUGUAAUGUCUGUGAGGAGCCGUUCGACUCCAUCAAAGAGCUCAGUGGACAUAUCACUGAGCAUGCUGCGGAUUGGCCCUUCAAGUGUGAAUUCUGUGUGCAGCUGUUUGGGGACGCCCCAGCCCUGCUGGCUCACCGGACAACACUACAUGGAGUGGGCAGGAUCUUUGUGUGCUCUGUCUGUUCCAAGGAGUUUGCAUUUCUCUGUAACCUCCAGCAGCACCAAAAUGAUCUGCAUCCAAAUGACAUAUGUUCACAUACCACUGUAGAGAGUGGCAAGCUUAGGCCACAAAACUACACAGAUGCAUCCAGAGCCAAAGAGGAAAGCAAUCCCUCAACACCAGCACCAGAGACGACUGAUGAAGCCGCUCCACACAGUGACACUGUUUUAACAAAAGAAGAGCCUGAUGUUAAUGGUAAUCAUGCAGAGGACGCGGCCGAGGACCCCAAUGAGGAGCUGUACACUACAAUAAAGAUCAUGGCCUCAGAAGGUGGGAAGCCUAAAGGCCCGGAUGUUCGCCUUGGCAUUAACCAACACUACCCCAGUUAUAAACCGCCCCCUUUUCCUUAUCAUAGUCGUUCCCACGCUGGCUCGGUGGCCUCGGCUACCAACUUCACCACCCAUAACAUACCACAAACCUUUAGCACCGCUAUACGCUGCACCAAAUGUGGCAACAGCUUUGACAACAUGCCCGAGCUGCACAAGCACAUUUUGGCCUGUGCCAAUGCAAGUGAUAAGAAGCGUUACACUCCCAAGAAAAACCCCAUCCCCCUCAAGCAAAUAGUGAAGAGUCCGAACGGAGUCGUGUCACCCUCAACGGCCAUUGCAGGCCAGAGUCCUUUCCGUAGAAUGGGCCAGCCAAAGAGACUUAACUUUAAUCAAGAUACUGGUAAAACAAAAAUGAGUGCCCUCAGUAAGAAGAAAAACCAGCUGGUCCAGAAGGCAAUUUCACAGAAAAACAAAUCUGCCACUACUGCAAAGAAGGCUAUUGUCAAAGUUGAAGAAGAGCAGGCCUCUAACGUUUGCCCCCACUGCAGCCGGGAGUUUACCUAUCCUGCAAGUCUGAGCAAACAUAUGGCAGUCAGCUGUCCCAUGAAGCCUGUUGUUAAAAGGGGCAAAAAAGGUCUAGCUGAGGUGAAAAAAGAGGCGGUGUCUGUGGUAGACAAAAACAUGAAUCUUAGAAAGAAAGCUUCAGACUGUGAAAUACCGCAGACAGAGCUGGAGCCUAAACCCCUGGGAAAGACCCGAGCUCGUAGCUCUGGUGCAGCCGACCCUGAACCCUCCCAGGCGAGCAAAGGAAAAAACUCUGCUACACUAGGCAAACUUAAGAGGCCUGCCUCGUUCCCAGCACCUGUUUCUGCUAGCAAAAAAACAAAGAAGGGCCAAGUUCAGUCUCUACCUCCCACCCCUUCUGCUCCGGACACUCCUAGUGACGGUGCUCAACAACGUCCAGCCAUGAGAAUGCAGCGUAUGGGCAAAGAGGCAGCACCCAAGAGAUUAGCAGAGGCCAAAUCGCCACCACCGCAACAGCCGAAGAAAGAGGAGCGGUUCUCCCUUCGAACGAGGGAGAGAGUAGGUGGUCCAGUCACCAGGAGCUUACAAAUGGUCAACGCGGCUCCUUCUGCUGAGGUUAAAACGGAAGAACCACCAAUUCAAGAGCCAAAAGAGAGUCAGGAGGUGCUGAUGAAGUGAGCCAUGUGGACACUGUUGGCCUACCUUGGUCCUGUUGGCCUACCUGGGUGUUCACAUCCCAGGCUCUGCUCUGGACUAAUUAAGGCGCUUACAGCACUGAGGUAGACCUCUGUGGUGGGCAUACUCACUUAAAACAAGUGAAGUCUGCGUCUCUGAACUGCCUUUGCUGGAUUUAAGGAGGGAACUCUCUUUACUACACCAUCUAUCUUACAAACUGAACUGAGCCUCGGUUUUAGCCAGCCUUGCAAAAAAGGAAAAAUAAACUGUAAAUGACAAUGAGUUAAUAUAUACAUUGAGUCAUUACUUGACCCAAAAAAGUAACAUUAGGGCUCUGUUAUGUUGGAAAGCUGAUAUAUUGCAAAUGGCAAUCAUGUAUCAGUUAGGGUUAGGGAAACCUGUUUAUUCUUAUGUUCUGUAUGUUUCCCAUUUGGUUGUUUAGAUUUUUGGAUGUUUCCAGAGUCUCUUAAUGCAUGUGCGGAAUAGAGUAAAAACUAGAUUAAGCCAAUUUCCAUGUCCCUCCCAACGGGUACCUACUUCAGUUUAUACAUGAUUUGCAAAGUAUGUACUGUAUGUUUGAUUUAAAUUUCUGUAGUCAUUAUAUAAUCUUAUUGGCAUAUGUUUGUUUGGGAAACAAAAAUGAAAAUGGCAGUCGUUUACUGCAAAUAUUGGUCCUCAGGAACACUGUGUGUGUGUGGCAAGUAUGGUUAUAGUUGGAUGUGUGGCCUGACAGCUAUUCCUUUGGAUACCUCUCAAGUAUGUCAUGUUUUUACUUGCCUUCUCAUACUCUUUUGUUUAUCUGAUGUUGGCAGUUAAUUCCAAUUGUAAAUUGAUGGGAAUUAUGUUGUAUUCUACUUUAAAGUAAUGUUCGUCUUGAAAGUAAUUUUUAAAAUCACUCAUUCAGCCCAGUGUUUCUAACAGCACUUUAAAACAAACUGCCAAAAUGUCUAGCUGGAUCAGUAAGAUUGGCUUAAUUAUUCAUGUAUUCAGGUCUGUUGCACUUUGCAGACACCAAAUUGGUGCAAAUCAUUCAUCCAAUCUCAGAUACUGCUCAUACAGCCAACAAAUCUCUAAACUAAUUUUGUCACCGUUAAGUAAUUUGACACAUGAAAAUGACACAUGAACCAACUUUUAUAUGCCAACAUGCAUGAUAAUGAAUCAAAUCCUCAAAGCAGUUAAAUGCAGCAGUCUUUUUCUUUUUUUUUGGGGGGGUCCAUUGUAAGUUGAUGUGUGGAAGGUUGUUUCAUGUGUCGUUUUUCUUUCAAGAGCCACGUCACAGAAACGUAAGUGAACGAUUUUUCUUCUUAGGAUAAAGUCAUCUUUGAUUCUUUGAGUUGAUAUAUUUGGUAUGUCUGUACCAAUGAAAAGCUUCAUAUUUCUAGUUUAUAUUCUCCAGUGCUCACCCCAGUUUCUCACUCUUGACCAUAUCCAGUUGUACCACAGGCAAUGCUUACAACACUUGUAGCAUGUUAUGGGAAAGUAAAUUAAACUAUAUGAUUUGAAGCUAAUUUAUAUUUCCACAAGAAAUCUUCAUGUUUUGCCUUUCAGCAAGAUUAUGUUUUUCAGGGUUAACAAAGACAAGAAUCCUGAAUGAUAUCAAGUAUAAAAAAUUACUGUAAUUGACAAUUAAAAAAAAGUUUUUCAAUUUAAUAAAGCUUUUAUUGUUUUUG